AUGGGCGAUUGGAAUGAAGCCACCGAUCCAGAGGGCCGUGUAUACUACUAUAAUACUUCUGGAGAAACAAGUUGGGAGAAACCCAGAGAAUUGUACACGGAUUUGGAGUUGAAACUGGAUCAGCAUGGAUGGAAGGCUGGCAAGACUGACGAUGGAAAAGUGUACUACUACAAUACGUCCACAGGAGAAUCUAAAUGGGAAAUUCCCACAUUUCCUGAAGGUCAGAAAACAUCUGAAUCUAGUGAACCAAUAUCUGAUAUGCAAAAGAGCUAUGAGAAUAAAUCGCUGCUGCUCCAAGUGAGCACAAAACCUAAACAAGAAGCAGAGAAAACAUUUAUCAGCAUGCUGGAAGAACAUGGAAUUGAUUCAACGUGGUCUUUCAACAAAAUUAUUUCUGAGCUUAGUAGCACGGAUCCAAGAUACUGGUGCGUGGACGACGAUCCCCUCUGGAAAAGACAGAUGUUCGAAAAGUACUUAUCGAAUAGAACUGAAGAUCAGUUACUAAAAGAGCAUUCUGCUGUGAAUAAAUUCAAAACGGCGUUUGUUGAAAUGCUGAAGCAGAACAAGGAAAUACACUAUUACACACGAUGGGUAACUGCAAAGAGGAUUAUAGCUAAUGAGCCAAUCUACAAACACUCGGUAGUGAGUGAAAAAAUAAAAAGGCAAACAUUUUCAGAUUAUGUUGAAGCGUUACGUCAAGAACGGUCAAACUUAAGAACGGAGAACAGGGAGCAGGCUCUUCUGGAACUUCGGGAAUAUCUAGAAGAAAUUAUACCAGGCAGAAGCGCCCUUUUAUCUUGGCACGAUCUUUCAAAUAAGUAUCUGUUUGAAAACAAUUCCCGUUUUAUGUCAAACAAGCAUUUUGUACUUUUAACGAAGGAGGAUGUUUUGAAGGUUUAUAUCAGUAUCGUCGAGAAAUUCGCCACUCAAAUUGAGCAAGAGAUUACCAAAUACCAAGCAGUAAACUACACGAAAGACCGAAUCGCGAGGGACAAUUUCAAACAGCUAUUGAAAGAGUUUGAUCACGAUAUUCACUCAAACACGAAGUGGGAAGAUAUCUACCCUCUUAUCAAGUCCGAUGAGAGAUUUCUGUCGUUGCUGGGUAGAGAUGGUUCUUCUCCACUAGAUUUAUUCUUAGAUGUUGUCGAGGACAAAGCGAUAACGGUCAAUGCACAAAAGAGUAUUGCUCAUCAGUUUUUGAUAGACACAAAAUUUCAGUGGCUUGAGGAUGAUGAAUCCAACAUUUUAGCUCUUAAAAAUGUUCUAGGGAAUAGCGAACAAUUCAAGGGCAUUGACGAUGUGGACCAAAAUACCAUCAUUACGAAACUUCUCACUGAUUACCACAAAAAACUUUCCGAGCAGGCGCAACUGACAUUGCGAUUAGAGGAGCAAAAGAAGCGGUAUUUCACGUUACUAUUACAGCGACUUUACUCGCCACCCAGGACAAAACCCGAAACCUGGACGAUGGCAGUCGAGCAACUUAAAGAUUUCCCGGAGUUUAAUGACCUUAAAGAUGACGAGGUCAGGAGAGAAAUAUUUGAAGGAUUCCAAGUACCAUCGGAGAUUUCAGGACCUCCCCCAUCGACAGUAAAUCCGAAGAAAAGAGCGCUUGCACCCGUGGAGCUUGAUUACUAA